ACCUGUCUGCUGUUGCGCGUGCGCGCGUCGUAGCGGCGCGAGGUGGGGGGCGGGGGAUGUCGUACCGGCUAGUGGCAGCUGCCGGAAGUCGGACGGUGACCGGGCCCCUCGCCGUGGUGUGGCGAUGUGCCGGUGGCCCGGGAGGCGACAGGACGGCUGGGACCAGCGUGAGGGCCCUUGGCAUCGCCCGACGGUGCCUCCAGGUGAUCCGCUCUCAGCAGCUGGCUCUGCAGGGGAGACCUGUGUCAUUUUCCCAGCGGCUGUGUUCAAAACCACCCAAAGAAACUGGUGACCUCAAGAAUGCCGGGCCUAGAGGAGAUGGAGGCAGGAGAGGAGGGAAGCAGGGAGGCUCUGCCUGGUGGACACGGAUACGAAAGGGGGAGUUCCCCUGGAACAACAAGGAUUUCCGCAAUCUGGCCGUUUUGGGGGCAGGCGUUGCCAUGGGAUUUUUCUACUUCUAUUUUCGAGAUCCUGGAAAGGAAAUCACUUGGAAGCACUUUGUACAGUAUUACCUGGCCAGAGGUCUGGUGGACCGUCUGGAAGUCGUGAACAAACAAUUUGUACGUGUUAUUCCUGCCCCUGGGACGUCUUCUGAGAGGUUCGUGUGGUUUAACAUCGGCAGUGUUGAGACCUUUGAGCGAAACCUGGAGUCUGCUCAGUGGGAGUUGGGGAUUGAGCCCAGCCACCAGGCAACAGUGGUCUACACCACCGAGAGCGACGGCUCUUUCUUGCGAAGCCUGGUGCCCACGCUUAUCCUGGUUGGCAUUCUCUUCUAUGCUGUGAGGAGGGGCCCCAUGGGAGCCAGGCGCAGUGGGCGAGGAGGGGGCCUCUUCAGUGUUGGUGAGACAACAGCCAAGAUCUUAAAGAACAACAUCGACGUGCGAUUUGCAGAUGUAGCUGGUUGUGAAGAAGCUAAAUUGGAAAUUAUGGAGUUUGUGAAUUUCCUGAAAAAUCCCAAGCAAUAUCAGGACUUAGGAGCCAAAAUUCCAAAGGGAGCCAUGCUCACCGGCCCUCCUGGGACUGGCAAGACACUGCUCGCCAAAGCGACUGCUGGGGAGGCCAGUGUGCCCUUCAUCACCGUGAACGGGUCUGAGUUCCUGGAGAUGUUUGUUGGUGUUGGGCCAGCAAGGGUUCGUGACAUGUUUGCAAUGGCCCGAAAGAACGCUCCUUGUAUCUUAUUCAUCGAUGAGAUUGACGCGGUCGGCAGGAAGCGGGGCCGAGGGCACUUCGGGGGCCAGAGCGAGCAGGAGAACACCCUGAACCAGUUGCUCGUGGAGAUGGACGGGUUCAACUCCACCACUAACGUCGUGGUGCUCGCCGGCACUAACCGCCCUGACAUCCUUGACCCGGCCCUGAUGCGGCCCGGCCGGUUCGACCGCCAGAUUUACCUUGGGCCCCCUGACAUCAAAGGCAGGUCCUCCAUCUUCAAGGUCCACCUGCGCCCGCUGAAGCUGGACGAGAGCCUCAGGAAGGACGCCCUGGCAAGGAAGCUGGCGGCGCUCACCCCGGGCUUUACUGGUGCCGAUAUUUCUAACGUUUGCAACGAAGCAGCCCUGAUCGCCGCCCGCCACCUGAGUCCCUUUGUCCAGGAGCAGCACUUUGAGCAGGCCAUCGAGAGAGUUGUUGGAGGCCUUGAGAAGAAGACCCAGGUCCUGCAGCCCAGCGAGAAGGCGACUGUGGCCUACCAUGAGGCUGGACACGCAGUGGCGGGCUGGUUCCUGGAGCACGUGGACCCCCUGCUGAAGGUGUCCAUCAUCCCCCGGGGCAAGGGACUCGGCUACGCACAGUACCUGCCCCGGGAGCAGUACCUCUACACGCGGGAGCAGCUCUUCGACCGCAUGUGCAUGAUGCUGGGGGGCAGGGUGGCCGAGCAGCUGUUCUUUGGGCGGAUCACCACGGGGGCUCAGGACGACCUCAGGAGGGUCACCCAGAGCGCCUAUGCCCAGAUCGUGCAGUUUGGGAUGAGCGAGAAGCUGGGCCAGGUGUCUUUCGACUUUCCUCGGCAAGGUGAGACCCUGGUGGAGAAGCCAUACAGCGAGGCUACCGCCCAGCUCAUUGACGAGGAGGUUCGCCACCUCAUCAGCACCGCCUACGAGCGCACCCUGGACCUGUUGACUCGGUGCCGGGAGCAAGUGGAGAAGGUGGGCCGGCGGCUGCUGGAGAAGGAAGUGCUGGAGAAGGCCGACAUGGUGGAGCUGCUAGGCCCCCGGCCCUUUGCAGAGAGGUCCACCUACGAGGAGUUCGUGGAAGGUACCGGCAGCCUGGGGGAAGACACGUCCCUUCCUGAGGGGCUGAAGGGCUGGAACCGGGCACAGGAGGGGGACACGGAGCAGUGUGUGCAGGAGGGCUGCACGUAGCUGCUGUGGCCACUGCCUGCACCUGCCACUGGACGGGACUUGGGGUGACCACCGCGUACCCAGAGCCUUUGCAAAGCGGCUGCCAGCAUCACCGGAAAACAAAUUAAAACACUUGAUAA